AUGGCUUCACAAGGGACGAUACUAAAACUUGUAUCUUGGAGAGUCAAAGAUUGGGCUUCUUGUUUCUUGCCUUGCAAGAUUCCCUUAGACGUAGAUGAAGAUGGAGUUAAUAAUAACGCAAACAACAAUAAUCUAACGUUCAAGAAGAUAAAGAGGAAGAUGAAGAGUACUAAGAAGAAGAAAUCAGAGAGGAAAGUCAGUCAAAGCCCACCAGUGACACGUCACCAUCAUAAUCAUCUUCAUCUAACAAGCAGCAGCAUUUCUCCGACGUCGGCCUCUCAGCCACCGGUUUCAAACGAAGGUGGCUUCAUUGACUUCUGCUUUGACGGCGAAGACGGAGCUUGCAAUGUUGUGAAAGAGGAGAAACAAAAGAAGAAAAUGAUGGAACUGACGUCUGAAAAGUCAAUGAGGACAACCAAUCCUAAGCUUAUAUGUGGAGAUCAAGGUGUAGGAGGAAGUAAGAAUAAUAACUCGCUGGAAUUUAAAGUGUCAGAACAAGAUCAUAGCGAUAAGACUAUAUGCCAAGAAGAUGAAGAUGUCUCUUGCGAUGUUGAUGAGAAUAACGAAGAAGAAGAAGAGGAAGAAGAAGAAGAAGAAGAAGAAGAAGAAGAAAUUGAAAUUGAAAUCGAUGCCUUUGAUAAAUCUAGCGAGUCUAAUCACUCGGAUGGAAGAAGGGGAUCAUUUGCAUUUCCCAUAUUGGGAGUUGAAUGGAUUGGGAGCCCUGUUCGGAUGCCUAAGCUAGAUGACUUGUCUCUCACGAAACAGAAGCCCGUUGCUUUAGGGUUCCAGUGCUGCAGAUUCUGA